UUCUUUUCUGCCAUUUUUCUCCUCGCUCUCUCUCUCUCUCUCCACCGCCUCUCUCUCUCUCUAAAAGCUUUUAAUCGUUGUAAGUGCCAGGACUGCCAUGGAAGGUCGUAUGACAUCCAUCUCAUGGCGACCCAUUUGAUCAGUUGCCUGAGAUGAAGAUGAGAUGAGAACGAGAACCCCCACCCACCAUCACACCAUCACCACCACCACCAUCACCACCACCAUCGUCAUCAUCAUCAUCGUCUCUACUUUCCAGAGCCACUGACCAGUCAGAGACCCACAGAGGAGAUGGAGAAGAGCAGCUGCCACUCCACCGCCGAUUCCACCACCUCCAGCACCGGCAGCUCCGGCAAGGACAACAACAACAACAACAACAACCCAUACCUGAAGCACCUCAGCCUCAACAAGCUCUCCCACAAGAUCUCCAAGCCCCCGUCCUUCGCCCGAUCCGCCCUCGACCCGAACUCCAACCCCGGUUCCGUCCUCGACCACCACCACCACCCGGGCAACCUCCAGCAGCCGCCCGUCUACAACAUCAACAAGAGCGACUUCCGGGAGGUGGUCCAGAAGCUCACCGGCUCCCCCGCCCACGAGCGGCUCUCCUCCCCGCCGCCGAUCCAGCCCCCAAAGCCCCCCAGCUCCCGCCUCCAGCGGAUUCGUCCCCCUCCCCUCGCGCAGCUCGGCGUCCGCCCCUCUACCCUGCUGAACGCCGCUCCCUCCUUCCCCCAGAAUCAGAAUCCCAUCCCUAACAAUCAGAUUCCAAUCUCUGCUCCGACUUCGUUAGCUGCCGGCACGAGCACGAACAGCGGCGUGGCCAGCGAAUUCAACCCUAUCGGGCGGCCGAUCGCGCCGCUGUCCCCCCUCCCGCCGAUGCCAGCCGUUUACGCGGCGGCGGAGUCUCCGGUGUCAGCCUACAUGAGGUACCUCCAGAGCACAGCCUCCGGUGACUCGUCACGGCCCUUACUGUUCUCCGGAUUCCCUCCCAUGGCACCCCCGGCCACGGUCCCUCCUCCGGCAUCAGCAUCCGCGGCACCACCGCCAUCGCCGCCGUUCCAGCUCCCGCUAUCGCCGCUGCCCUUCGGAUGCCUGAACUCUCCGCGGUCUCCUCACCCGCUGCUCUCCCCGGGGCUGCUCUUUUUGCCGACAUCGGGUCAGCUGGGGUUCCCUCAGUUCCCGCUCUCGCCAACGGUGCCGGUGCCGGUGCCGGUACCGAGCCCGACAUAUAAAGGAGGCAUCUGAGGUCAGAGCCAUGAAGGAAUGGGACUGCAGACGCGAGAGGAAGCGGGACCAAACUCUUCCUUCUUCAGGCGAGCGGAUGUUUUCGAUCGAUGAAACGGUGUCGUUUUCCGCGCUGGGUUUAUGCUGUACAUUUAGAAGAACGAAGCAAAGUCGUUAUAUUAAGAUUCAGCUUUAGGAUCUAUGCUUAGAUUUAGAUUUUGUAAAUUUGUCGUCAGAAAAGUUCUCAGCAUUUUCUGCUACUUUUGAUACUUUCAAUUCUCUUCCUGUUUUUAGCAUUUUAGGGCAAAAACAUCAUUAAUAGGAGACAAAGGUUGGCUCAGUGGGCAUGUUAUAUGUUUGCAAAUUGUUGUCAUCGGUAGCUAUUGUAUAACUUAAAUGUCUAUUCUUCGCCGUGUUAAAA